AUGUCAAACACUGUCGAAACGGCUGUCACUGCGAGUUGCGAGAUUUUAGACAAGACAAUGGAGCCAACAAAUAAUGUUAUUACCCAGCUUUGCAUGUUCCAAGAGGAGCGUAGUGCCGCUGACACGAUAGCUCGCACAGCACACUACGCAAGCGAUCCAACAGCAUACUUGAGGGAGAAACUAGGAGCUGAAGGCUUCGAAGAAAGGAAGCAGAUGCUGUGCUUGCCGACUGAAGUCGAUCUAGACAGAUAUGGUGGUGGCGCGCACAAGCAGCAUUUUGAGCAGCACAUCGCCACUAUGCUUGGAAAGCAGCAUGGCUUGUUCUUUGUCACUGGUGUACAGGCUCAACUGGCUGCAUUGAAAGGGCAUUGCAACGCUCGUAGUAGACAGAAAGCGGCAUGGCAUGUCUCGUCUCACCUUGAAGAUUGUGAGCUAAGCGCAUACUCGGAGCUAUAUGGGCUGCAGCGACAACUACUUGGAAGCGAUCCCACAGCACUGCCGACCGUAAAGGAGAUCACUGAGGUGCUUGACCGACCGGAGCACGAGCGACCGGCUGCAGUGCUCAUCGAGGUACCCAAUCGAGUGCUCGGGUGCCAGACAUAUACCUUCUCGGAACUUGAGCAGCUAUCCGAAGCAUGUCGAAAGGCUGGGGUGGCGUUCCAUAUGGAUGGCGCUCGAUUGUGGGAGGUCGAGCCAUAUUACCGAGCGACUGCAGGCAAGUCAUUUGCUGAGAUUGGUGCUUUGUUCGACUCAAUUUAUGUGAGCUUCUACAAAGCAUUAGGCGGAGCUACAGGUGCAAUGCUGGCCAGUAACGAUCUGGUGAUUAUGGACGAAGCCAAGAUCUGGCAGCGUCGAGCGGGCGGCAACGCAUUCUCUCUUGGCUAUCAGAUUAUAGAUUGCGAGCGAGGCUUCAACGAGAACAUGGGCUUGUUUGCGAGGAGAUGGCAGAAGAUGCAGGAUGUUGCGGCUGGUAUUGAAGCUGCGACUGCAUCUUAUAAGACUGAUGGCCAGGAGCCUAUCAUUAGCUUCAUGAGUGGCAAGCCGACAUGUUGCCAAGUCAUCACUGUAUUCAAUGGGUUCACUGCGGAAGAGCUAGCCAAGGCUCGUGAUGCAGUCGAGAAGAAGAUUCGUGUCCGAGUCUUCGAACGACUUCGUCCGAAGCAGAGCCUAGACCAGAUGAUUCGAGCCCAACAGGAGAAGGCUUCCGGAGACAUCAGCAGUGUCGAGGCUGCGGAGGCGUCAACCGACGAUCGCAAGCAUUUUGUAGAGUGGUUCAUUAUGAACGUUACAUUCGAGUUUCUGACACAAGUGUUCGUCGAUGCUUACAGAGCGUUGUGCGAGGAAUUGGUAGCGGAAUGA